CCAUUCUUUUUUACCUUCUCCUAACACAAUGGCAAAAGGAUUUUAUGUCAGCAAGAUUGUUGCUAUUGUUGGCAUUGUUUUCUCUGUAGCUGCUGUAGCUACUGUCAUAGCUCUGGCAGUAGUGUAUGCUCAAGAAAAGGCAAAAAAUUAUGACCUACAAAAUCCUCCAGAUGUAUCAAGCACAACUACAUCUGGCACCAGUCCCAUUAGUUCCAUCACCACCACCACCACCACCACUCCUCCAUCUGAUGAACCAUGGAACAAAUACCGGCUUCCAAAAACCCUGAAACCAUAUCAUUAUGAUGUUCGACUAAGGCCAGUUCUAGAGAAGAAUGCUGAAGGACUUUAUGUGUUUCAUGGAAAAAGUGAAGCUUUCUUUACGUGUGAAGAAGCAACCAACCUUGUCAUUAUCCACAGUAACAAGCUCAAUUUCACCACAAAUCCCAAAGCUAUUCUUAGGGAUAGUUCUGGGAAUGCUCUAACUGUGUCUAAGAUAGAAGAGGUGCCAGUAACACAGUAUCUGGUGCUACAUGUGUCUAACCCCCUGGAAGUUGGCAAAAAUUACUCUUUGUACACUGAGUUUGUCGGGGAGCUGGUAGAUGACCUGGCUGGAUUUUACCGGAGUGAAUAUGUGGAGGAUGGAGUAACCAAUAUUAUCGCUACCACACAGAUGCAGGCUGCGGAUGCCAGAAAGGCAUUUCCCUGUUUUGAUGAACCAGCGUUGAAAGCCACUUUCAACAUCACCAUCGUACACAAAUCAGACUAUGUGGCUCUAUCAAACAUGAAUCCUAUCAGGCAAACUAAUAUAACAGAAGAUGGUGAACAAUGGACUGAAACUGUUUUUGAUAAAAGCGUCAAAAUGCCCACGUACCUCGUGGCAUUUAUAGUGUCUCAGUUUAAAGCAAUUGGUGAUGCAGGAACUAGUGAUACUAUUGGGGUUCAGAUCUGGGGCCGUAAGAAAGCUAUUAUAGAUGAGAAACAAGGAGAAUACGCUUUAAAUAUUACAAAACCCAUUCUGGAUUUUUUUGCUGAAUAUUAUAACAUCUCUUACCCUCUGCCAAAAUCAGACCAGGUGGCCAUACCUGACUUCAGUAACGGAGCGAUGGAGAACUGGGGUCUGGUGACAUACAGGGAGACAGCUCUUCUAUUUGAUUCUGCCGUAUCAUCGAUCAGCAACAAGGAACGGGUAGCCACAGUGAUUGCACAUGAGCUUGCUCAUCAGUGGUUUGGAAAUCUUGUGACCGUACAAUGGUGGAAUGAUCUGUGGCUGAAUGAAGGUUUUGCUACUUAUGUGGAAUAUUUGGGAGCAGACAAAGCAGAGCCCACCUGGAACAUAAAAGAUUUGAUAGUGCUAAAUGAUGUACAUUAUGUAAUGGCGGUUGAUGCACUGGCUUCUUCUCAUCCACUGACAUCGAAAGAGGAAGAGGUGAACACCCCAGCACAAAUAGGUGGACUCUUUGACUCCAUUGCUUAUAGCAAGGGUGGAUCAGUCAUCAGGAUGUUAUCUGACUUUCUCUCUGAAGAACUGUUUGUUCAAGGAUUGUCUACCUACCUGAAACAAUUCCAAUUUAGUAAUGCAGUGUACAGUGAUUUAUGGACUCAUCUGCAAACAGCAGUGGAUAAGGCAGUGCCACCUAUUGAUCUGCCUCAGUCAGUGGCUCAGAUCAUGGAUACAUGGGUUUUACAGAUGGGAUUCCCAGUAGUGACCAUUGAUACAAAAAAUGGACUCGUAACUCAGAAGCACUUCCUCUUAGACCCAGACUCCAAUGUCACUCGUCCAUCAGACUUUAAUUAUAAUUGGAUUGUACCAAUUUCAUACACAAAAAAUGCAUCUCCAGGAAAAUACUGGCUCCAAGGACCUUCAGAGACAAACAAUGAUUUUAAGUUGGCUGAAAAUGAAUGGCUUCUAGCAAACAUCAAUGUAACAGGAUACUACCGAGUUAAUUAUGAUGAUGGAAACUGGAACAAGCUCAUUGCACAACUGGAGGCAGAUCAUUCAAUAAUUCCUGUCAUUAACCGUGCCCAGAUUAUUGAUGAUGCCUUUAAUUUGGCGAGAGCAAUGUAUAUCAACACAACAAGAGCUUUAGACACCACCAGGUAUCUCUCUAGUGACUUUGAAUACAUGCCUUGGCAGGCCGCACUGAGCAGUCUGAAUUUCUUUACGCAGAUGUUUGAUCGCUCGGAGGUGUAUGGACCAAUGAGGGAAUACAUGAAGCAACAGAUCUACCCAGUGUUUAAGCACUUUGAAACCGAAACUGUAAAUUUUACCGUACGAUUAGAAUCGUUAACAGACCAAUAUAAUGAAAUAAACACUGUGAGCACUGCAUGUAGCUAUGGCAUUCCGGAAUGUGCUGAAUUGGCAACAAAACUCUUUAAUGAAUGGAAGAAUACUAACAUUAAUGGUAUUCAUCCAAAUUUGAGAUCAUCCAUUUACUGUGCUGCGGUAGCUCAGGGAGGAGAAGAUGUAUGGAAUUUUAUAUGGGGACAAUUUCAAGCAUCAGACAAUGCACAAGAAUCAGACAAGCUGAGGGCUGCCUUGGCCUGCAGCAAAGAGCCAUGGAUACUCAACCAACUCCUGGAAUAUUCACUGGACACCAAUAAGAUUCGCAGACAGGAUGCAAUCUCCACCAUUAGCAGCAUUUCCAGUAACGUGAUAGGACAGAAUCUUGCUUGGGACUUUGUGAGAGCCAAUUGGCUUACCAUAUUCCAAUAUUUUGGAGGGACCUCUUUUUCCUUUGGUAACUUGAUUGAACGGUUGUCUCGACGCUUUUCUUCUGACUUUGAACUUGAACAGCUCAUGCUGUUCAAAAGUCAAACCCCGAAUCUUGGGACAGCUGCUCGAGCUCUGGAUCAAGCCAUAGAAAACACACAAGCAAACAUCAAAUGGGUGAACGGAAAUAAAGAGGCUGUACUGAACUGGUUCACGAGUGCACUAAAACCAAGAAACAUUUGAAACUCACUACUUAUUACAUUAGAAAAUAAAGUUUACAACCCUCCUGUGCCUGCCAUCAAGAUUCUUCAUUACU